UAAAAAUAUUCUCCAUUCAUAUGAAAAAGUUGACGACGAAGUCAAAUAUCACUUUUUGGUUGCCCAUAUUCAAUAAAUGAAGCAGGCCAGGCAACACAAGCCUCCAGUCCAUAGUUUUCCCCAUAAUUUUCCAAACUAACAAUACCACCACUACCACCAGCUUCAAUUCGUGAUGUUCCAUCAAUAAGCAUGUAUGUUAUAUGCAUAGCCAUUAAAUUAAAGAAAAAGAAACCCACAAAUACAACACAAUGCCCAAACUAAUCCACUUACUUGCACUGCUCCUCUUCUUCUUUACCCCUUGUCUAUGCUGUUUUGAAGAUCAAAGCCACGCCCUUCUCCAGUUUAAAUCUUCCCUCAUCAGCUCUACAAACUCCUCCAAUGAUUCACUCUUUAGUUUGGAGUCUUGGAAGCCCGGAUCAGAUUGUUGUCUUUGGGACCGGGUCAUCUGUAGUACUCCUAGUUCUGGCUCAGAUUUAAGGUCUGUGAUUGCUCUACAUCUUGGUUCUCUCGUUUCCAUGGAGUCAUCAGGGCCCAUGAUGGUGAGUUCAAGCAUUUUGAAGCCACUCUCUCGCAUUAGGAGCUUGGCUUUGCUUGACAUCUCCUAUAACUACAUACAAGGUGAGAUUCCUGGGAAUGAGCUUGCUAAUCUCACCAAAUUGGUUCACCUCGAUAUGAUGAACAACAACUUCAGUGGCUCCAUUCCACCACAAGUUUUCCACUUGAAGUAUCUGCGAUAUCUUGAUCUGAGUAGCAACUUUCUCGGUGGUGUUCUAAGUCAGCACGUGGAAUCUCUUCGGAACUUGAGGAUUUUGAAGUUGGGUGAAAAUCUUCUUGGUGGAAGUGUUCCUGGUGAAAUUGGAAACCUCACAAAGUUACAACAAUUGUCCCUUAGGAGCAACAAAUUUGAUGGUGGAAUCCCAUCUUCGAUCAUGUAUUUGAAAGAUUUGCAAGUAUUGGACCUGAGGGACAACACUUUAUCCAUGGACAUUCCUCCUAUGAUUGGCAAUCUAUCCAACAUCACCAGUUUGUCCUUGAGCAACAACAGGCUGACUGGAGGAAUCCCAUCAUCGAUACAGAAAUUGGAGAAAUUAGAAACCUUGGAGCUGGAAAACAACUUGCUGACCGGUGAGAUUCCACUGUGGUUGUUCAAUAUUGAAGGCCUGAAGAAAUUGUUUGUUGGAGGAAAUAACCUGACUUGGAAUAACAAUGGGAAUGCAAAGAUGGUACCAAAGUGUAAGCAGCUUUCUCAAUUGUCCUUGAAAUCUUGUGGCCUUGCUGGAGAAAUCCCUAACUGGAUUUCCACUCAGAAGAGUCUGGAUUUUCUUGACUUGAGCGAGAACCAGCUAACCGGAACAUUUCCACAGUGGCUCGCCGAAAUGGAAGUUGGCAACAUUUUUCUGUCAGAUAACAAACUUACAGGUCCACUCUCACCUCGCCUUUUCAACUCUCUAAGUUUAUCAGUUCUUUCCCUGUCUCGGAAUAAUUUUUCUGGUAAACUACCGGAUAACGUUGGUAAUGCCACUGAGCUCAUGAUUCUUAUGCUGGCUGAAAACGACUUCUGGGGAGAGGUUCCCAAAUCCAUCUCCAAUAUAUAUCGCCUCCUUCUAUUAGACUUGUCGAAAAACAGAUUUUCUGGAAACAAUUUCCCUGUUUUUGACCCUGAAGCUUUGCUAGCUUACAUUGAUUUCUCAUCCAACCAAUUCUCAGGUGAUAUUCCAACCACAUUUUCUCGAGAAACUAGAAUUCUUGCAUUGGGAAAUAACAAGUUUUCUGGCAGAUUGCCUAGAAACUUGACAAAAAUGAGCAAUCUUGAGCAUCUAGAUCUCCAUGAUAACAAACUCACUGGUGAAUUACCAGACUUUCUCUCUCAAAUCUCCACCCUUCAAGUUCUCAGCUUAAGAAACAACUAUUUCAAUGGUUCAAUCCCAGAUCAUAUAUCCAAUCUUAGUAACCUCCGGAUUCUUGACAUCUCAAGCAACUAUCUCACAGGAAAAAUCCCUGCAAGUUGUGGACAUCUUGCUGGAAUGAUUGAAACACCGGAUACAUAUUCGUCUAUUUUUGAUCUUUUCACCUUUUUAAUUGAAUUCCACGACUUGAUAGUGAAUUGGAAAAAAUCGAAACAAGGUCUCUCAAGCCGCAGCCUCAGUAUCUACUCUUUCUUAGACCUAUCAAAGAACCAACUCUCAGGAGAAAUUUCAGUCUCAUUAGGUAAGCUGAAGGAUCUCAAACUUCUGAAUAUUUCAUAUAACAAUCUAUCUGGCAACAUACCAUCAAGUUUCGGUGAUUUGGAGAGUAUGGAGAGCUUGGACUUAUCUCACAACGAACUGUCUGGUUCAAUUCCAGAAUCACUUGCAAAACUGAAAGAAAUUUCUAAUUUGGAUGUGAGCAACAACAUGCUCACUGGUAAAAUCCCAGUGGGUGGCCAGAUGGACACAAUGGAUGAUCCAAGCUCUUAUGCCAACAACAGUGGACUCUGUGGAAUGCAAAUUCAAAUUCCAUGUGAGGAACAGCAGCUGCCCCACCGAGGAGAAAAGGAGGCAGACAAGGCAUGGUUCUCAUGGGAAGGAGUAGGGAUUGGAUAUGCAGCUGGCCUCAUCUCGACAGUGGGAAUCAUAUAUCUAUAUAGUUAUAUUUACCCUCCAGUUGUCCACAAACGAAAAGCAAGGCAAAGGUUUUAAAUUUCCAGGGUAUCCUACCACCUGUAAUGCACAGCCCAUAUUCGCUCCAAAGAAGAUUAAAGGUUUGCAGGAGUGGAAUAAGACAAAUUAGCAGGAGAGAACCAGUCUUUUGUAUUUUGUUCUCAAUAGCCUGGGCUGUAAAUUUGAUUAAUUUCCCCAUCAAUGUAGUGUUCUAUCAAUGCAUAUGAAUCAUGAUUCCAAUAA